UCAAUCCAAUGCGUCCAUUUUCGUUCUAACUUUAAUUUAUUUAUUUAGUUACUGGUCUUGGAUGGUGUCAUCACCCGCAGAUUGUCACUCCCUUUUUCCUCUUUCUCUUUUCAUCUCUUAUUAUUAUUAUUCUCUCCUCUCCAUUUUCUUCCCGCUGCUGUUUUCGCUCUCCGCUUUCCCCUCUCUGCUCUUCCUGCUGCUUUCUUCCUCUUCUUCUUCCCCCCUCUUCAUCUUUUUCUCUUUGCGCCCUUUUUCUUUCUCCUCCCUAUCUUCUCCCAGUCUUAUUGCUUGUCGCACUUCCCUGUGACCCCCCCCCCCCCAUUGAUCUUCCAAGCAAAGUGUAAUCGUGGGGUGAGGCGCACGCCGAGCAUCCACUUGGAACCAAAAACGUCAUCAUCAUCCACAGCCCGAACCUUGGCCGCAACUAGGCAGACGGAU